AUGUCCGCACGACCCUCCCGGCGAGCGGCUGCGCGCCGCCAAACCAUUGUCGAGUCCUCCGAUUCUGAAGAUGCCUCUGUCGACCAGCAGGACGGCGAUGAGGAAGAGUUCACGCCUGCACCCUCGCCCGCCCCGCCCAAGAGCGCGCGUCGCCGCACUGCAGUGAGGGACGACAGCGACGAGGCUGAAUUCACCCCGGCACCCAAAAGCGCCCGCCGCCGCAAAGCCUCCGAGGUGCCCAUCACCCCUCGCACAGUUCCCUCCAAGAAGGGCAGGACACGAGCGAGCGAGUCCGUCGAGCCCAGCGUCACCCACAGCCCCGCCGAGAGCGCAGCCACCAGUGCCGCUGGCGACGAGCACGAUGCACGCAAACCGCCCAAGAAGAUGGCCGCCACGCGUCGAGGCCGCCGCAAUGUCCGCGAUAGUCGCAGAAACAGAGCCUCGGUUGCUCCCGAUGUAAUACAACCAUUCCCUCCACUUCCUGCGUCUCGGUCAACGGCUCAGUUCCCGCCGGCGCUAUCAACGACGGCCUUCACCAAAGAUGCUAAUUCUCCACAAAAGGAGCAGGAAUCCGAGCAUGAGUUGCGACACAAAUCACCUCUCUCCGACAUCACUGACGGCGCCGAUAAGUCCUCCAACAUAAUCAAAUCCUCGGAACGGGAUGCCCGGUCCCGGCAGAAGACUCCCCCGCCUUUUGAUCCGGGCAACAUUGAAAAUUCUACCGUGAAGAGCCCCACUAGUGCUUCGCAAGAGAAGACGCCGAUACCCGAAGAGAAGGCGCCAGUGCCCGAGGAAAAGACCCCGAAACCUGAAGAAAAGGCCCCGGUGGCUGAGGAGCAGACACCUGUCGCUGAGCAGAAGACACCAACGCGCGAAGAGAAGACACCGGCAGGCCCCACUCCUCUGACCGUCACAAGGGUUGAUGCCAUGGACGCGUUGCUCGAGAGACCAAUGGACAUUGUGGCCAAGGCUAGAGCAGCCGCACAGCCUUUGACACAGGAGCCCGAAGCUCCGAAAUCGCGCAUUUGCAUUACAUGGUUGAUACUUACCAACUUCAAGAGUUACGCAGGUAGACAGGAAGUCGGGCCAUUCCACGCCUCAUUUUCGUCCGUUGUUGGCCCCAACGGCUCCGGAAAGUCAAAUGUCAUCGACUCCCUUCUUUUUGUCUUCGGUUUCAGAGCCAGUAAGAUGAGACAGGGCAAACUUUCAGCUUUGAUCCACAACUCCGCCCAGUUUCCAAACCUGGACCACUGCGAGGUUGAAGUCCACUUUCAGGAAGUAAUGGAUCUGCCUGAAGGAGGCCACGAGGUCAUUCCAGACUCGGAUCUGGUCAUCUCUCGCAGAGCUUUCAAAAACAAUUCGAGCAAGUACUACAUCAAUGGGAAAGAGUCUAACUAUACCGUUGUUACGACUCUGUUGCGUGAUCGUGGCGUUGACCUUGACCACAAGCGUUUCCUGAUCCUGCAGGGUGAGGUCGAGUCCAUCGCACAAAUGAAAGCGAAGGCUGCAAACGAGCAUGAUGAUGGUCUUCUGGAAUACCUGGAGGAUAUUAUUGGAACAUCCAAGUACAAGACGCCAAUAGAGGAAUCUGCUGCACAGGUCGAGACGCUUAACGAGGUGUGCCAAGAGAAGAACAACCGAGUCCAGCACGUUGAGAAGGAAAAGGACAGCCUCGAGGACAAGAAGAACAAGGCUUUGGCGUACAUUCGCGAUGAAAAUGAGCUUGCAAGCAAGCAAUCGGCUUUGUACCAGAUCUUCAUCGACGACACCAACGACAACAUCCAGGUUGCCCAGGAAGCCAUCAACGAGGCACAAGCUUCACUCGACGAGGAGCUGGAGAGGCACAAGGGCAGCGAGGAAGAGAUCAAGGAGCUCGAGAAGCAGUACAAGGCGGGCUCCAAGCAGUACAGUGCGCUCGACAAGCAGACGCAGGACUUUCUGAAGGAGUUGGCGAAGUUAGACAAGGAGACGGUCAAAUUCGAGGAGAAGAAGAAGUUCUUGACCAACAAAGAGAAGAAGCUCCAGAAGACGCUCGAGACCAGCAAGUUCGGCACCUCGGAAGCGGAAAGCACCAUCAGGCAAUGCGCCGACGACAUCGACAGGAAUACGGCCGAGAUCGCGGAGCUUGAGGAGCAGAUGCGGGCUGAGGAGGAAGAACUCAACUCAAUCCGAGAGAGCUUGAAGGGAAAGACCCAGAGCAUCUCCGACGAGAUUGCCGAAAAGCAAAAGGCCUUGGAGCCGUGGAACGCGAAGAUCAACGAGCAGCAAUCGGCCAUGGCUGUCGCACAGAGUGAGCUGGACAUUUUGCGCGAGAAAGAAAAUGAAGGUGCAAAGAAGAUUGCCGACAUGGAAGCCAGGAUUGCCGGUUUGGAGGAGCAGAAGGCUACGAAGCUGGUUGAACUUGAAGAGUGUGAAUCCGAAAAGCGCAGCACGGAAAAGGAGAUCAAGAAUGCCCAGAAGGAGAUGGCCGUCCUCGGGCAAGAAGAACCCAGAGUCCGCUCCAAGCUAUCCAGCGCCCGCCAGAAGGCUGAUGAAGCGAGAUCCAGCCUUUCUUCAACGCAGUCGCAGGGGAAUGUCCUUACCGGGCUCACGCGCCUGCAAGAGUCUGGUAGAAUCAAAGGGUUCCAUGGUCGGCUCGGUAAUCUAGGCACGAUCGACCAGAAGUACGACAUUGCCAUUUCAACCGCUUGCCCGGCGCUGAACAACCUCGUCGUCGAUUCAGUAGAGGUUGGCCAGCAGUGCAUCGAGUACCUCCGCAAAAACAACCUCGGACGCGCGAACUUCAUCUUGCUCGACAGGCUUCCGCAACGUGAUCUUUCCGAGAUCGACACUCCGGAGAACGUUCCUAGGCUUUUCGACCUGGUAAGGUCAAAGCACGAAAAGUUCAAACCCGCCUUCUACAGCGUUAUGCAGAACACACUUGUUGCGCACGAUCUUCAGCAUGCGAAUCGGAUCGCGUAUGGGGCUAAGAGAUGGCGCGUCGUGACGCUUGACGGCCAGCUUAUUGAUAAAUCCGGUACAAUGAGCGGCGGUGGUACCAGGGUCGCGAAGGGUGCCAUGUCCUCGAAGUUGGCUGCCGACAUAACGAAGGAGCAAGUUGCCAAGCUCGAGGUAGACCGUGACGCGGUAGAGCAGCAAUUCUCAGACCUCCAGGGAGCACUCAGAGAGGGCGAAACCAUGCUACGAGAGCUCAGCGAAAAGAUACCGAAGCUGGAGACGAAGGCCCAGAAGAUUGGUCUGGAAAUUGAGAGCUAUGAACGAAACAUGGCCGAUGCUCGGCGCCGCAUCAAGGAGAUUGCAGCAGAGCAGCAGCCCUCCAAGUCCGACAAGGCCCGCAUGGCCAGUCUCGAGAAGAGCAUUGCUAGCAUGGGGAAGGGGAUGGACAAGCUCCACGCCGAGACGUCCAGUAUGGAAGAGGAAAUCAAGGCUCUUCAAGACAGGAUCAUGGAGAUCGGAGGCAUCAAGCUGCGCACGCAAAAGGCCAAGGUGGACGGGUUGAAAGAGCAGAUCGACACGCUUAACGAGGAGAUGUCGUCGGCCGAGGUGAACAAGGCAAAGGCGAACAAGCAGAAGACGAAGCAUGAGAAGGCUCUUGUCGAGGCGGAGAAGGAACUUGAAAAGAUGGCCGCCGAGAUGGAGAAGGUAGACGAAGACAUGCGUGCUCAGAGACGGGACUCGGGUGGCUCAAGACAACAAGCAGAGGAAGCACAGGAAGCUCUGGAAGGGAAGAAGGAGGAACUGAGUGCUCUGAAGGCCGAUCUGGACGCAAAGACAACCGAACUCAACGAGACGCGUGGCAUCGAGAUCGAGAUGCGCAACCAGCUGGAAGAACACCAAAAGACACUGAAGGAGAAUCAAAUGAAGCUGCGGCACUGGCAGGAGAAGCUUGGCAAGCUCUCUCUCACCAACGUCAGCGACCUGGGCGAGGAGCAAGAGGUCGAGGCCCUGCCGACCUACACCAAGGACGAGCUUCAGGACAUGGACAAAGGCCAACUCAAGCGCGAGAUUGCCAGCCUGGAGGACAAGACACAAAAUGUCCAGGUCGAGCUUGGUGUGCUCGGCGAGUACCGUCGUCGUGUUGAGGAGCAUGCUUCUCGCAGCGCAGACCUCGCCACUGCUGUGGCCGAGCGCGAUGCGGCGAAGAAGCGGUGCGAUGAGCUGCGCCGGUUACGUUUGGAAGGUUUCAUGGAAGGCUUCAGCACAAUUUCGUUACGCCUGAAGGAGAUGUACCAGAUGAUCACCAUGGGCGGCAACGCCGAGCUUGAGCUUGUCGACUCGCUGGAUCCGUUCUCCGAGGGCAUCUUGUUUAGCGUCAUGCCGCCCAAGAAAAGCUGGAAGAACAUUUCCAACCUCUCGGGUGGUGAGAAGACGCUUAGCAGCUUGGCUUUGGUGUUUGCGCUGCAUCACUACAAGCCAACGCCGCUGUACGUCAUGGACGAGAUUGACGCCGCCCUGGAUUUCAGAAACGUUUCCAUUGUCGCCAGUUACAUCAAGGAGCGGACUAAGAACGCUCAGUUCGUGGUCAUCUCGUUGCGCAACAACAUGUUCGAGCUUGCGUCGCGCUUGGUCGGUGUAUACAAGGUCAACCACAUGACGAAGAGUGUCACGGUCGAAAAUAGGGAUUACAUAGUUCCCAUUAGGGCGUAA